AACACCCUCCCGCCGGGCGGGCAAGGGGCAGAGGCAUCCCCCACCCACCUCCACGCCACUGCCCCCUCCCCCACCGGGCAGGGACAGCGGCCAUCGCUCAUGCCUCUCAGCUGACCAGAAAGCCUCCCUUUUCCUCAGCAGGGUGAGGGGCGUCGCUCGCCCACCAACGUGGAGGUGGGGGGCAGGGAUAUUCUCCCGCCACCACCUCAGGAGCGAGAACUAGCCCUUCUCCCAGCAGAGCGAGGGCCUCCCUGUCCUUCAAGGGGGCGGGCAGUGUGCGCGACCCCUGGAGAAGCAACAGGCGCCCCCAACCCCCGCCCAGCCGACGAACGGCCGACCCUUCGUCCCUCCCGCUCUUCACCUCCGGAAGCCGGGCCAAAGCCUGGGCGAACGACUGCGCCUCACUCCGCCCCCUGCGCCAUUUUAUCGCCCCCUCCCCGACCUCCCCCACCCCGAGGCUGCCUGGCCAACGCCAGGGGGAGGGCAAAUAAGCAGUGAUUGGCAAGAAACCGCCCCGCCUCUGAGAGGGUUGCACCCCGCGCAAACGCCGCAAUCCCGCCCUCCGUACCUCCUACCCUCCCUGCUGGCUCCGCCCCUUCCCGUUUCAUCGACUCACUCGACUCUCCUUUGCUCCAGACUCUCCCGGAUAAGGCUAGGCGGAGAAGGGGCCAGGCAGAGAAAGCCGAGCGACGAGCUCAGCUGAUGCAACCUGGCGGGACUCUCGUGACAGUUCCCGGCACGCGGCCGCGGAAGCGACGAAGGAAAAGACGCGGGUGCCUGCCGAGCGCGGGAAGCAGGGGUGACGGAGCCAUGGGGGACGCUCCAAGUCCUGAAGAAAAGCUGCAUCUGAUCACCCGGAACCUGCAGGAGGUUCUGGGGGAAGAGAAGCUGAAGGAGAUACUGAAGGAGCGAGAACUUAAAGUUUACUGGGGAACAGCAACGACAGGCAAGCCACAUGUAGCUUAUUUUGUGCCCAUGUCGAAGAUUGCUGACUUCUUAAAGGCAGGAUGUGAGGUAACAAUUCUGUUUGCGGACCUUCACGCAUACCUGGAUAACAUGAAAGCCCCAUGGGAACUUCUAGAACUCCGAACUGGUUACUAUGAGAAUGUGAUCAAGGCAAUGCUGGAGAGCAUUGGCGUGCCCUUGGAGAAGCUCAAGUUUGUCAAAGGCACUGAUUACCAACUCAGCAAAGAGUACACAUUGGAUGUGUACAGACUGUCCUCUGUGGUCACACAGCAUGAUGCCAAGAAAGCUGGAGCUGAGGUCGUAAAGCAGGUGGAGCAUCCUUUGCUGAGUGGUCUGUUGUACCCUGGACURCAGGCUUUGGAUGAAGAGUAUUUAAAAGUAGAUGCUCAAUUUGGAGGUGUUGAUCAGAGAAAAAUUUUCACCUUUGCAGAAAAGUACCUCCCUGCACUUGGCUACUCAAAACGGGUUCAUCUGAUGAAUCCAAUGGUCCCUGGAUUAACUGGGAGUAAAAUGAGUUCUUCAGAAGAGGAAUCCAAGAUUGAUCUCCUUGAUCGGAAGGAGGAUGUCAAGAAAAAAUUGAAGAAAGCCUUCUGUGAACCAGGCAACGUAGAGAACAACGGUGUUCUGUCCUUCAUCAAGCACGUGCUCUUCCCCCUCAAGUCAGAGUUUGUGAUCCUUCGAGAUGAGAAAUGGGGUGGAAACAAAACCUAUACUGCUUACCUGGAUCUGGAAAAGGACUUUGCUGAUGAGGUCGUACACCCUGGAGACCUAAAGAAUUCAGUUGAAGUCGCCCUGAACAAGUUGCUAGAUCCCAUUCGGGAAAAGUUUAAUACCCCUGCCCUGAAGAAGUUGGCCAGUGCUGCCUACCCUGAUCCCUCAAAGCAGAAGGCCGUUGCCAAAGGCCCUGCCAAGAAUUCAGAACCAGAGGAAGUUAUCCCAUCCCGGCUGGAUAUCCGCGUGGGGAAAAUCAUCAGUGUAGAGAAGCACCCAGAUGCAGACAGCCUGUAUGUGGAGAAGAUUGAUGUGGGGGAAGCUGAACCACGGACUGUGGUGAGCGGCCUGGUACAAUUUGUGCCCAAGGAGGAACUACAGAACAGGCUUGUGGUGGUGCUGUGCAACCUGAAACCCCAGAAGAUGAGAGGAGUUGAGUCCCAAGGCAUGCUUCUGUGUGCCUCCAUAGAAGGGGAAAGCCGCCAGGUUGAACCUCUGGACCCUCCUGCAGGCUCUGCUCCUGGUGAGCGAGUGUUUGUUAAGGGCUAUGAGAAGGGCCAACCAGAUGAAGAACUUAAGCCCAAGAAGAAAGUUUUCGAAAAGUUACAGAUUGACUUUAAGAUUUCUGAUGAGUGCAUUGCACAGUGGAAGCAAACCAACUUCAUGACCAAGCUGGGAAACAUUUCCUGUAAAACACUGAAAGGAGGGAAUAUCAGCUAGCCAGCCCAGCAUCUUCCCUGCUUCCACCGUCCUGAGUCUUCUGCUGUCUCAGUUUGUUCCAUUUGUCACCUGUUUGCCCAUCUCUAAGGACAUUGAAGCAGCAGGUCUUGGACUCUCUUAGGUGCAAAACUGGGUAAGGGGCAGCAUACCUCCCCAGAAUCUGGACUCCUCCCAUCUGGUACAGUGAGACUGAAACACCCCCCUGCCCCCGGGUGGUAAGUGGGGCUAGGCAGCGGUAGGGAACCCAGUUUUACCAGCUUCCUUUGGCAGCUGACUCAAGAAUUCUGGUUUCAAUAUAACUCAGAAAAAGUUUAUGCCACAAUCCUUGUAAUUAGAAAAACAUUGGUUCCCAGGUUUUUUGGAGUUAUCCCAGCAGCUGUGCCUCUAGCUGGAAUCUGGUGCCUGGACUGGGCUAAUUACAGUUUCUUCCCCAACAGGAAAUUGUGGGAUUUGAAAAGCAAAGAGAAGGGAGAACCUAGUGGUCUAUCAAGUGGUUGGCAGCUUUCACACUGCCUGCCUACACUGGGGCUUGGUGUUGGUGGGAGACAGGGCCUGCCCCAGGGCUCCUGGAAUUUCCCUUGAUCCAGCCAGACUGAGACACUCCCUAAACCAGCUGUGUUGUUAGUUAGCAUGGAUGGCAUGGUGUGUGUCUUCAGAGAGGGUGAGGUCUUUUCUCUAUAAGGCGAGAAAAUCGAAUCACUAAUCAUCACUGUCAAAUUCAAAUAAAAUGGUCUGAACAUG